AGUCAUCGACGGGGCUCUCUCUGAGAGCUCCAUACAGUGGAUUGGGCACACAGCAAUGCGGAUCAAGAGGGGCAAAAGAAGAAGAGUAGUCUGGUUUUUCAGUUAUAAGCCGGUUUGUCGGGCCCUUUUCUGGUCGCAAGGAGUAGUUUAACCGGUAUUUAUUUUCCUAACAACACGGGGCAGGACUUUCACCGGCCUGAAACGACGCCGAGCCGGAUAUUUUUUUCCCGACACAACCGUAUCCCCACAUCCGUAAUCCAAGCUCCAGUCGUGUGGAGUUGUCUCCCGAAAGGAUGAUUGUUUGAACAUUUUUGUACGGUCGUGUAAAAACUGCUUCCUAAUUUUUGCACAGACUCACUAUGGUGGACUCUCCUACCAUGAGGAAGACUUUUGUGGUCCCAGAUGCAAAGCCAUUGGACUUGUACGACUGUACUAAAGCAAAAAUUUGCGCAAGUGUCGGGUGGCUGUUGGCAAAGUCUUACGGCACUGCAGAGAAUGUCCCUGCAGAGCUGCGUGAUCCUUUCUACUGUGACCAGUACGAGCAGGAGCACCUUAAACCACCAGUCACGCGCCUUCUGCAGUCCUCCGAACUCUACUGCCGCACCUACAGCCUAUUACGGAGGGGCACCGAAGCCGAGUCACAGCCUAAAGACAAUGUUUCCCUGCUGGAGCUCCUCACUAAGAAAUGCUUACUCAAAGACAAGGACACACUAGUGACUGAUGCAGACCUCCGCCAUAAACCCUUCAAAAUGAGUGCUCACCUUGUGGUGAUAGAUGCCCUGAUGGCAGUGGGAGCCAUGGAGACGGUGACUGCGGUGAAGACAUGUGGUUCUGCUGAGCUGCUGGGUAGAUCUACCAGAUGGGAGGAGGCUCUGCUUCAUUGGGUUAACGAGUUAAAUCAGAAACUCCGAGAACUUACUGAAGGAUCCCAGAAUGACUCAUCUCAGGCUACAGAACCUCAACCUCUUCAGCCCUCUUGUCCUACUCGCUGGUACUGGAAACUUGUUCCUCUCCGCUACAGGAAGGAUAAAAUUCAGUCCAAACAAAAGGCCAUCUUUCCCUUGGUGAAUGAAGUCAAGGACUUGUCCAGUGGAUGUGCUGUUGCUGCUGUCAUUCAUUACUAUUGCCCUGGCCUAUUAAGACUUGAAGAUGUUUGUAUGAAGGAUUCCAUAUCUGUAGCAGACAGCCUGUACAACCUGCAGUUUAUCCGGGAAUUCUGUGACAGCUGUUUAAAAUGCUGCUGUCACAUGGCACUGGAAGACAUGCUAUACACUCCACAGGAGCUUGAGCUCAACUGGCUGAGCUUCCUUGCAGAACUGCUUAGCUGGUUUGAAUUGCAAAGACCGGACUUUGUUCAGCCAGUGGACACAUUAGAUGGAUCUGCACCAGUAACACCAAGUGGCAACAGUUCCUCCCCCUCUAUCUUCAAGAAGCCUUUCCUCCCCAUCUCCUCCCCUGCAUUAGGAUCUUUGACUCAGUCUACCUCAAUGUCUCAUAUAGAAGGAGUUGGAAAGACGUGGAGCAAAAAAUCACUCAGCCGCCCCUUGUCAGCAGUUUCCUUCAGCAUUCCCUUUGGCCUGGACAGUGAUGUAGACAUUGUAAUGGGCAACCCUGUAAUAACACGCUCUGUGAGCUCAGACCAACUCAACCCAGCAGCCCAAAACAUAACCCGGGUUCCCUAUACCCCUCCUGAAGACAUCAGCAAUUUGCUUAACAAGCCCUUGGGCUCCAAUGGCCCACAGAGAGCCUCCUGGGCCACCCAGACUCCCAAUAUUCCACGGUUGGAAGAUCAGAAUAGCCUUUUAGGGAAUGAAACAGGAGAGCUUCCUACCAUUGAAGAGGCUCUACAAAUUAUCCACAACGAGAACAAGAUGGAGCCUCGCUUACACCCAGAUGGUGCUCCUGAUGGCUUCUACCUCCACUCUCCUGAUGACCCAGCUAGUUCAAGACAUACUAAUAACUUAGCACCCAUCAGCAGCUCUGCCCCAACACACUCAGGAAUGAUGCACCGGCCUACAGGAGAACCCAGGCAGCCCACUCGCACAAGGAACACUUCUGAAUGUUCACGAGAUGAUGAUUCAGUCUUGAGAGAUGGCAGUGUGGACUCAGAUGCAUCAGAGGACAUGCCUAAGGCACAGUCCACUCCAGCCACACCAGCUGCUAGUGCUUACUCUGUUAGGAGCCAUGGCAAAGAGGAGUCUGACAGUGGUGUGAAGUUGACCAGCUUUGCAGAGCGCAAAAAGAAGCAGAUUAUGGAUUCUCCCAAAGCCAAGGAGCCUUCCUCUCUUCAGGUAACUACAUGGGCAAAAAAGUCUGAGGAAAGUCCAAGCAAGAGCCCACAACUCAAUAAUGAGAUGUCUGAGCUGGGAACACGACUUGAAGAAAAGCGCAAAGCUAUCGAGGCCCAGAAGAAACGCAUUGAGGCCAUUUUUGCCAAGCACCGGCAAAGACUUGGUAAGAGUGCAUUUCUGCAGUUAAAGAAGGAACAGGAUGAAGGUGAAGGGGAAGGAGGGAAUGGCAAGGACAGCACCUCAUCCACAGAAGAAGACCUCUCUCGCUUAACACUGGAAGAACGGCUAGCUCGCAUGGAGGCAGAAGUCCAGCAGGACCAAGAUGAACAGCACCCUUCAGUGAAGGAUGAGGGUCAUGUCAAAGGGGGACUUCCGCUCAACAAACAGUUCAGUUACUCUAAGGAAAAGCCGGGUACACCAGGGGAUAAGGACUCUGGCACUCCUGAGAAAACGGUUGCUCCGCUAGGAGACUAUAACAAUGCUGUAUCGAAGCUUACUGCUGCUCUUAGCUCCCUACAAAGUGACAUGCAGCGGCUGACUGAACAGCAGAACCACCUAAUCAAGAAAAAACCCACAUCCUCCAACAACAAAUCCUGGGUUAUUCCACCCAGCCCAAAAACCUCCACCCCAGCCCCUCCACGCAUGUCUCGAGAAUCUAACCGAAAUUUAAAUUCAGCCUCCUCCUCUCCGUCUCCAUCACGCAGAAUCACAAACUACAGCACUCCUCCCAAAUCACCUCAAGUCCAUCGUAGAACCCAAUCUGUGCCCCCUAAAAGCCCGAAACACCACCAAAACAGUCGCCCCCCGGACAUUAGGGUCACAACCCUGUCGAGGGUUCUCACCCCACAUCAAAAUGUGGACCGCAUCCCUCACCUUCGUCGAGUAAAUCUGCGGCAGUCCCAAGUCCAGACUUCAUCUUCAUUCUCCAUUGGUGACUCUGGCAGCCUAGAUGAUCUGCGCUCACCUGGGCCAACUCCCACUCCCACACCAACACUUACCCCUAUACCAACCCCUACCCCAACUCCACAUCAGAUCAUAGAUGACUCCCUAUCAGAGGUAGGCUCCAUUGAUGACCAAAGCAUAUUUAGCAUGGACCUGGAGACUGCUUCUUUGCUUAGUCAUGCAACCAAGAGGGACGGAGUUGCAGGUGGGGGCUGCAGCUCUGGUGCCCCAUCAGAGUGCUCCUUUGAGAGUGAUGCCCCUGCAGGGAUGUUGAAUGGCAAGCGCAGUAGCCUGAUUGAGAUCUCACUUUCUGCCCUGGAAGAUGGGCAGGAGGAUGACCACUUACCUGAUUCCUUCCUUGACUCAAUGAGUGACAAGACAGAGCCAGAGUUGAAAGGAGGGGUUGGUUUCUUUUUCAAGGAUGACAAGGAGCGACCAGAGGAUGAGAUGGCUCAGCGAAGAGCAGCUUUGCUGGAGAAACAACAGAAGAGAGCAGAUGAGAUGAAAAGGCGUAAACUUGAGCAAGAAAAAGCAAAAGAAUCAAACAAGCCCCAGUGGAUGACGAUUGAGGGCUGGGGUAACAAGAGUGAGGACAGACCUCAGACCCCAGGCACCCCUCCAGCAUCAAGCACCCCAGUAGAAGGGACUCCCCACCGCAGAGGAGAUUUCACAAGGCAGGAGUAUGAAAGGAGACAACAGCUGAAGAUCAUGGAAGACUUAGACAAGGUGCUGAGGCAGAAACCCACCACAGUUCGUGGUGUCAAGAAGCAGAGACCCAAGACUGUGUUCAGGGAUGACUCUGGGCUCUCUCAUAGCCCUGCAAAGGGUUUCAUGGGCACCAAGCUGAACAAAGUAUACUCCCACUCAUCCAUGAACCUGUCCUCCAUGGCUAAUGACUCUGGAGGUCUGUCUGUUAGGAAGUCUCCCAGCCGUUCGCAUUCUCCUUCUCGGCAAAGAUCACCAGGUCGAUCGAUUGCUCUGAAUGGAGAGAAGGACUGGGAGAAUGGCUCCACUAUUUCUUCCCCGGCCUCAAUCCCAGAAUACACAGGACCAAAGCUGUACAAGGAACCAAGCUUUAAGUCCAACAAGUUCAUCAUUCAUAAUGCUAUCACUCGUUGCUGCCUGGCUGGCAAGGUCAAUGAACCACAGAAAAACAAGAUUGUAGAGGAAAUGGAGAAGUGUGCUGCCAAUCAUUUUCUCAUCCUCUUCAGAGAUGCCAGCUGCCAAUUCAGAGCAGUUUACACCAUGAACCUUGAAACUGAGGAGAUGGAACGGCUCACUGGCAUUGGCCCCCGCAUCAUCUCACCUGAGAUGGUAGAAUCCAUUUACAAAUACAGCUCUGACCGCAAACAGUUCACGGCCAUCCCGUCCAAAACCAUGUCCAUGAGCGUUGAUGCCUUCACCAUCCCUGGCCAUUUUUGGCAAAAGCGCCCAGGAACUCCCAAAAAGCUUGGCACCCCCAAAUAAAGACAUAAAAAAGAUUGAUAGUGAUCAUAUCUUUCAGGGAACUGUCUCCCAACUAGACUCGGACUGUCCUUUAGUUUGGCCAGUGCAGCACUUGUGGUCAUUGAUUUUGCUUUUAGGUGAACAGUGUGCACAGUGACCGACAUAUCAGUGUGGACCCCAAGGACAAUCCAGUUAACUCUACAUGCCAAGAGGAAGGGCCAAUCACUCAUACAUUCAGCCAUUGUAGUUUCAGUAGGUUUAUUAUCUUCUGAUUAGUCCCCAGAUUGUAAAAUGUAAUAGAUGAAGAAUUGUCUUACCUUUGUACCUUUUUCCCCAUUGCUUGCCUUACCCUGCUUUUUUUUUUUGGCGAUUCUUAAGCGGAAACAACCAUACUGCCUUUGCCCACUUAACAGUAUUUUGGGCCUGAGUAGUUUUUCCUUUUCUCAAUCAUGCUUGCUUUUCCUUUUGUUGCCUUUUCUUUGAGCUCUAGCUUUCUACCGUCUGCUGAGGGCCAUUGGCUCAGUUUUGAUAGGAGAUUCAGCUGUAAAUCAACAGCAGGUAACUGCUCUCAUAUGAAUGUAGGGUACACACUAACCACUCAUUCCAUUCAGGGGUGUUUGUACUGGCUGUUCAGGACCUGAAUACACCAUAGUGGGGUGGUUCCUCUGUGGGCUGCACUGGUGGCGGUGGCUUCUCUGGUUAUCAGUUUUUUUACACAAGAAACUGCCCCAUAGUUUGUGCACUCUACUUCAACUCUCCUAUAGCUGUGGACAUCUGGAUGUUUAUUUUUUACAAUAUUUGACAUGUUUCUGCUGGACAAGUCACCUCAGCGUUUGGAAGCCUUGACCUUUUCCCAUGAAAUUAGCUUUCUCAUUUUCGACAUGGUGAAUUGAAAUGUUGUAUGAUCUUGAAAAACAAUGCUGGAAACAUGAAGGAGGGCUUUAUCAUGUUUACCAUUACCUGGAUACAGCUCUGUGUGAAAAUGAUAAUCAAUGCUAAUUUAAUAUACUGAAUGCCAGUUACUUUGAUUUUUUUUGACAAUGAUUUGUAAAAAAUUGACCUUUGUAAGCUAUGAAUAAGCUAGCCUGCUGCUUGACCAAUAGUGAGAUGUAUGUUUGAGAUGAGAAAGAGUGAAUGAGAAUAAAUAGAAAUUGUCAAAUUUAAGCUUUCCGAAGCAUUUCGUCUGUAGAUGCAUAAAUCCUUUAGGUUGUCAUGAGUCAGUUUCCUAAUAUACGUGUGUCUUGGCAUAUAAACAGGGCUUUUCCUUUUGAAGGAUUGUUCUGAACUAUAACGGGCCACAUUCUCCAGAGACUGUGUAACUGGUGGGAAUGUAAACAGCAAACUGUUGUUGUUCUUUUAGUCCAUGCUUUUGGUAAACACAUUUGACAAUACAUUUACUUUUGAUUGAUCAGGAUAAAACCACCACAACAUCUGUGGGACAAUGGCCAUCUUUAACUUGUCAGUCUGCUCCAGCAGCUGUGACUGCCUCCAACAGUUGGAGUGAGAUGUGAAAAACGGGUUGAGUGCAAAAGAAGUAAAGUAAAUUAAAUUAGAGUGCAUAUAAACUAAGUGGCUGUUUGUAUUUAUGUUUGUAACAAUAUAUUUUGAUUCUGUGCAAUUCUUCCCUAAAAUCCCCACAUCACCCUUAGGUGUAUUUAUUCAGUUUACAUUGGAUGUCUCAUUUGAUGUUUAGUUCCAGUUUCUACUGUCUUUUUUGGUUCAGGCGUUAUGUCACACGUUAAGUCACACAUUAAUUUCUUCCUCUUUAGUUGAUAAGUUUGUGCCAGCACAUUGUGUGUGUUAAUUUCAUAAACUAACUAUCCUUGCAACUGGACCAGACAAAUAAAACUCCAUUUUGAAUCAUC